CAAACGAUAGCUUUCAAAUCGUGCCUUAUAUUGCCCUUCCCAGUUGCCGUGGCAUACCAUCCCGGCGUGUGUACGUGAUCAAUCGUCGGUGACUAACAACCGGUAUUUUUUGUUCGAAAAAAAAUUCAACAGUGACGUUACAAAACAAUUUAUUAAUGAACCAUGGGACAGCACGUGUCAAGAACGGACUUCGAGUGGGUUUACACGGAGGAGCCGCAUGCCAGUCGGCGAAAAAUAAUCCUUGAGAAAUAUCCAGAGAUUAAACAGCUUUUUGGUUAUGAUCCGAAUUUCAAAUGGGUGGUGACUGCAAUGGUUCUAGUCCAGCUCGCCUCGAUGUUUGUUGUUAAAGAUUUGAGCUACCCGAUGUUGUUCAUCAUGGCUUAUUGCUUUGGAGGAGUUAUCAAUCAUUCUCUCAUGCUGGCUGUUCAUGAAAUAUCUCACAAUCUUGCCUUUGGUCACGCCAGACCGACGGCCAAUAGGAUAUUUGGAUUCUUCGCUAAUCUACCUAUUGGCCUGCCAGUAUCAGUGAGCUUCAAGAAGUACCACUUAGAGCACCAUCGUUAUCAAGGGGACGAGUACCUUGACACUGACUUGCCAACGUUGCUGGAGGCUAAAUUAUUCUGCACAACAUUUGGAAAGUUGUGCUGGGUUAUGCUGCAGCCAUUUUUCUACUCUUUCAGGCCACUCAUUACGUAUCCAAAGCCCCCACUCGUUUUAGAAUACAUUAAUUUGGUGAUUCAGCUCACGUUUGACGGUAUCGUGUGGUACUUUUUUGGGGGAAAAGUCUUGCUCUAUUUUAUACUGGGUGCUGUCAUGGCAAUGGGAUUGCAUCCAGUCGCUGGACACUUUAUCUCCGAACACUAUAUGUACAAAACAGGAUACGAAACGUACAGUUAUUAUGGGCCAUUGAAUUAUAUUACAUUCAAUGUUGGCUAUCACAAUGAGCAUCAUGACUUUCCAGCUGUGCCAGGCUCUAGACUACCAGAGGUACGUCGUAUCGCCUCUGAGUACUACGAUAACUUGCCCCAUCACAAUUCCUGGACAGCAGUGAUUUACGACUUCAUUAUGGAUCCAGAAAUAGGACCCUAUGCUCGCAUGAAACGCAAACACAGAGGUUUGACGUCGUAAGCUCAUCUAGAUCAAUUUUAUACAGAAUUAUAUAUUUUUUUCAAACGUAACUGCGCAAAGUUUUGAUAAUACGAAAAUUUUCCUCGAUUGAAUAGUCAUACGUCAUACGCACCCCCUUGCCCAGUAAUAAGCAUUUAGUGCCCAAGGUGAAUCGAUAUCACUGAUUGUAAGUAUUACUCCAACUUUAACUUGUCUUCUAAUUGAUCACUCAUACGCUGAUGUGUCAAUUGUAAUAAUUUUUGCCAAUUUUUCGCAUACAUCUGUUUACCCUGCUAAUUGUGAAUGAUAAGAACACUUCUCAGGAAUACUCGUAACGUAAGCAAAAUAUUGUGACAAAAUCACAUUUUUUUUGUGAUAGCGAAGUGAAAUACUUGCACUGUUAAUCUAGUUAAUUCCUCGGUAUGAAGUUAUUUUUAUAAAUAUUCAAUUAUAUAUUCAGUGGAGUUCGUUUUUAUUUAUGAUGUAAUAAACGAUCUGCGACUGUAAAAAACUUUGUUUUUGCAUUUUAGUUAUACUUUUUUUUCAACUUUCUCUCAUAAUUUUCGGGUUGAUAUUUUUUUAUUGAGGACGAGGGAAAUGUUCCUUAUAAUAAUCAAAUUUUUUUCUUCGGAACAAAAAAUUAUUUUUUAUCAGUCAUAAUUAAUAUCUUCAUAUGCAUUAUUUUGUCGAAAUACAACUUUUGCUCAUUAAUAUGAAUGAAUGAUAAAAAUGCUCGAGUCCUGAUAACAAAAAUAGAGUAUUUUAAGAUUUAUUAUUUCAAAUGCAAAUAAAUUCUGGAUAAAUAUAGAGAAAACUGGGCAAUAUUUGAAUGCAUAAUUUUUUUCCAAUUUUUUCUUCUGAUUUUUUCAUUUUCAUUUUUCUUAUUGAGGACAAGGGAAAUUGUUGAAAUGACUAACACAUUUUUCUGUUCUGGACAAACUUUUUUUUCUUUUAUUCAUCAUAAACAAUAAUAAAGAUUAUAAAUGUUCAUUAUAAUGUUCACACAACUUUUUCUUCGCUAGAGAAAGCUAUUUUUUAUCAAUCAGGCAAUAGUCAAUACCUUUAU